GCUAGUCGGUCUGACAGAGGCACUCUGCGUCUGUCAUCGGCUUGUCUCUUCCGUUUUUUUGGUUUCUUGUGUUUAGAGUCUCGCCAGAGAUAUAUUAGUCUGUUGUUCUUAUCUUCCAAAUCGCGUUUAUACUUCUUGAUUUUCCUGAUUUUCCUGUCUUUUGCCAGUUUGUCUUGUCAAGUCAACCAGUGUGGUUUUUUCUGUGCUCCUGGUUUUGACUUUUUGCCUGCCCUGACUCUGAGCCCGCCUGCCUGAACAUUCAGCCUGACCUGACCUUGAGCCUGCCUGUACCGUUUGGAACUCUGACCUGGUUAAUUAACUUUUACCUGUCCUCGACCUGCCUCUUGUUGUUAAAUAAAUAUCAGAGACUCGAACCUUCUGCUUCCUGUGUCUGCAUCUGGGUCUCGCCAUGUGUCGUUAUAUUGACAGGUAAAACUAAAAACAGGACAGAGACAACACAAUCAUACUCUGCGGGACAGAUCAUAGUCUGACCGAAAAAAGACUCAGAGGAAAAUGAAGGAUAUGGACCUUGUUCGCCCAACUGACUCACCUGGGAUUUAGAGCAGUAAAUGACUUGUAACAGAAAGUUAAACUCAAACUUUUUUUUUUACUCAAACAGCACGAGAUAUUAUGUUCUCUAGUUGAGAAAUAUGACGAUUUCUUUGAGGAAGUGUGUCUUCCUAGUGGGGGCUUUAUGUGUAAGUGUUACUAUAACCACGAUUAUGUAUGGACAAUGCUAUGACCUGGACUUCUUCCACGACAGACUUGCGAACAGUCAAGGCACAGAGUUUGAUAGCAUUUGGACUUGCGAUGAGGAGCUUUGGGACAACACCACAGCAACUGGGGAAGAGAAGCUGGAGGGUUUGUGUCCUCUGAGAAAAGCAGUGAAGAAGGACGACUUCCUCAGACUACGCUUUAACUUUAAAGUGCCUGUGCUGCAGUGGGCUGGGAGCUUCAGCCAUUCAGAGUGGGGGCGAUUGGAGACGUAUAUGCCCCCCUACGGCUGGAAAGGCCUGCCCCAGGACGUUGUGAGAUCCACUUUGGCCCUGCUCAACGACUCGUCCAGCAGCCGCCUGUUUGAGCGCAGGUGGCCUGAUCAGUGUGUCCGCUGUGCUGUGGUGGGAAAUGGCGGCAUCCUUCGAGGCUCCAAACAAGGCAGGGCCAUCGACAGUCACCACUUUGUCUUCAGAAAAGAUGGCUUCACCAAGGUCCCACGGGGACAGAGAGUUCGAUAUAUCUUCAUUCCGUCCAACGAACGUGACUAUGUGAUGAUGUCAGCUGCUAUCGAGGGUCUAAAUGUCACCUCCGGUCAUGACAAGGGGGACUGGCCCUCUCGAUACUUUGGAUUUAAGCCACCAUAUAAGCACUUUAAAAUGCUUCAUCCAGAUUUUAUUACAUAUGUAACGCAAAGGUUUCUGAAGUCUCCCCUGCUGAAGUACAGUCAGCUCUACAUGCCCUGCACUGGUGCUCUGAUGCUUCUGACCGCCCUGCACAUGUGUGACCAGGUGUCUGCCUAUGGUUUCAUCACAAAAAACUUUGCAGACUUCUCUGACCACUACUAUGAUGCUGUGAUGCUGCCCCUGCUCUUCUAUGCCAACCACGACAUGCAGAUGGAGAGCUGGCUGUGGGAGGUACUGCAUGCACGAAAAGUAAUGUCACUGUACAAGAGGACAAAAGUAAAAUGAUGGACACUGAAUUGUAUUUUCAUGUGAAAAGCCUUCCUUGAAAUGCUGUUAACUCCUAUGUUUGCCAUGGAGGUAGUCCCUCUGAAGGAGUGGCUGCUGGAGUUGUGUGGCAUCCUUUGUCAUUAGUCUCACAGCAACAUUAAAGGCCUUUGACGGUGU